UUAUUCGAGUUAGUUAUCGACAGUUAAGCACUGUAUUAUGAAGCCAUCACAGCUAUUGUUAGUAAUCUUAAGUAUAUUAGUGGCGUCUGGCGUCUGUAGGGAACAAUACAAAAUAGUUAUAGUCGGUGCGGGAGCAGCUGGUAUAGCUACAGCAACGAAGCUUUUAGAAAAUGGUAUUGACGACAUAUUAGUAUUAGAAGCUGAAUCGCGAAUCGGUGGAAGAAUAAAUACUGUUAAUUUUCAUGGAUGCAAUGUAGAUUUAGGUGCUGAAUGGGUUGGAGGUGAAGUGAAUAAUGUUGUUUAUGAAACUUUGAAAGACAGAAAUUUGCUUUAUUUAUUAACACGUGAUGUAUUUCCGGAAAAAUUUUAUUUGUCAUCGAGACAAAUGAUUAGUGAAAAGUUAUCAAAAGAACUGUUUGAUGCAGUGUUCGCUGCAUUUGAUAUUAAUACAGGUACCGGUCCGCAUAACAGCACUGGAUCCGUUAUACAACAAAGGUAUCGUGAAAAUAUAAUCAAGAAGUUUAAAGCUGGAGAUGGAGACAUGGACAUAUUCAUUUGGGCUGAAGAUUUUCUACGCCAUUUCUUCUUGUUUGCAAAAGGAUCAUUCUCUUGGUAUGACAACGCCUAUACUUCAGAUCACGAAACAUGUCCAGGAUAUCAAAAUUAUGGUUGGAAAAAUCACGGAUACGGCAAAUUUUUGGACGUUCUUAUCAGAAAGUAUCCAAACCCAAGCAGACAACUUCCUUUUUUUGAGAAAUUACUUGUUGAUAAAGAAGUGACUAAAAUCACUGUUAAUGACGAUCACAUUGUAAUCAAUUGCUCAGAUAACUCUCACUAUAAGGCAAAUCAUGUAGUUUUCACAACUUCAAUAGGAGUUUUGAAGGAAAACCAUAAGAAACUUUUCUCUCCUAAAUUACCAAUUUAUAAACAGUUAGCGAUUGAAAGAAUCGGAAUUGGAGCUGUGAUAAAAGUAUUUUUGAAAUACGAACAUGAAUGGUGGGGGAACUCAUCUGGGUUCAAUUUUAUUUGGACUGAGAAGGAUAGGAUAUCAUCCAGAACUGAAUUUCCCGAAGGUCCUGAAAAUAAGUAUGGUCAAUCUUGGAUUACCGAAAUUUACAAUGUCAUAGUUAUACCUAACUCAAGGAUACUACUAGUGGUAUUCACAGGAGAAAUGAUCCCUGUUAUUGAGAAAUUGGAUGAUCAAAUUGUAACUAAUGGGAUAAAGUUUACUUUAAAAAAGUUUUUGGGACAUUUGUAUAAAAUUAUGGAACCGCAAACGAUGAUACGGUCAAACUGGUAUCAUAAUCCACAUUUCAGAGGCACAUAUUCAUUUAGUUCUAUAAAUUCAACCGGUGAAGAUGUGAAAAAUUUGAUGGCUCCCAUCAAAAACGCAGAAGGUUGUCCGAUUAUAUUAUUUGCUGGAGAAGCAACGAGUCCUCUACACCACUCUAGUGCUCACGGUGCAGUUGAAUCUGGAUUUAGAGAAGCAGAGAGACUAAUCAACAUAUACAAAAAUUAGUAUCAUAACAAUAAAUGAAAUUCAAAAGAA